UUGUGUAGAUUUCAGGCGCGGAACACCCGGAAGUAGUUCAUUCUCCACGCGAUUAGCAAUCGUUACACUUACGAAGGGAGUCGAAACGUGAAGACUGCAUUUUGGCAGAAUUCAUUAAUUGGCAAUCAUGAGUUUGUUAACCAAGCCCAAGUCAGAAAUGACCCCAGAAGAGCUCCAGAAACGCGAGGAGGAGGAAUUCAACACAGGCCCCCUGUCUGUGCUGACCCAGUCGGUCAAGAACAACACACAGGUCCUCAUUAACUGUCGCAACAACAAAAAGUUGCUCGGAAGAGUCAAGGCUUUUGACAGGCACUGCAACAUGGUCUUGGAGAAUGUGAAGGAGAUGUGGACUGAAGUUCCCAAGAGUGGCAAGGGAAAGAAGAAGUCAAAACCAGUAAACAAGGAUCGCUACAUCUCUAAAAUGUUCCUCAGAGGAGACUCGGUUAUUGUUGUGCUGAGAAAUCCGCUCAUCACAGGAAAAUGAACUUAAUGUGAAUUGCCACCAGGGUCUCUGUCUCUGUCCCAUUUUUCCAUGGAAACUUUUUAGUUGUUUGCUGUUUUGUUUUUUUCCGCAGCUCGUAAAACCUAAUGUCCAAAGAAAAUAGGGCUUUGGUUUGUCUACAGAAGGCUAUUAUAAGGCUACUGUAUUUUGCAUUUUGAUAAUAAAAAUGGUUGUCAUCAUAACUCCAA